AUGGAGCGGUGCGGCAUCAAGGACGUGGAGGCGUCCGGUGAAGAGGACAGUUCGAUGGCGCGGUGCCCCACCAAGAGCCUGAAGGCGGCGGCGGCGAAGCAGGCGGAGGGCAAGGAAUUCCAGAAGGAGGCUGGUGCUGCUGGUGAUGAUGACACUGAUAGUGAAGACGAGGGGGAUGGGAUGACGUCCUUGGAGUACAUCAAGACCUACAAGAUGCUGCCGCCGUUCGAGACUUCGAGGUGCAAUGCCCUGAGCGCCGACCCCAACGCGACGCUGGAGGACAUCAAGUUGGCGUUCGAAGAGCAUGAGGAGGAGCAGGACAUGAGGAUGAGGUUCUGUGAGCGGGUGCGCACCGAGUACGAAGCCAAUGGCUACGUCACUGUCAGCGAUGAGUACAUCGCCAGGAGGGUUCGCAACAACGAGCUCUCCAGCAAGCUGUGGGAGGAGGCGUUUGCUGAUUUUGAUGAUGAAGUCGCUGGUUUUGACAAUGAAGUCGACGUGGAGGAGGUUGCCCACUGA